GCGGUGGAGCCAGGUGGAGCUGCCAGAAUUCCAAGAAGCGCCUGAGGCUGUAGCAGCGCCUUUCAUCCGCAAAGGCUUCCUGGCCAACAAAGAGCCGUUUCGUGUUGUGCUUGGUCAAUAUUGUGAACCUUGAAACGCACCAGAGCUGCGCAUUUGCCUCGCAAACCUUUCCUCCAGAUCAGGUUGUUCUUGGAGCCAAGCAGAUGAUUUGGACGAGUUCUGCAAGCGGGGGAUCUCUGCUGCUGAGCUGCAGCCUUCGGUUGUGCUAGCCUACCACUCUUCAAAUGGAGUUGCAACGAAGGCCGUGACGGGGACAACAUUGUCAGAGUUAAAGUAAGCCAAGCGCUCUUCUCAUGAGUGUUUGAGGGGCAGUCAAGUGGCUGGCAGCCCCUAGGCGCAUCCAGAAACAUCUGUCAAAAUGGAGGCUUGGCUUCAAACGGAGUUUAACACGAUUCUGGAAGACAAUCAAGAGAGACUUGAAGAGUGGACUGAGGGCAAGGUUCACGUUCUAAUGACCCUUCAGGACGGGAAGUGCGCCAACGUCACCAUAUGCGCACCGCAGUAUGAGUGGCCCCUGAUAGAGACCAUUGGAGCGGCAGGAAAAAAGGAUUUGGAGGUCAUUGACAAUGACACCCGGGGCCUGCGCACGGCCGAGUGUUUCGAGGAAGUGAAGGCCAAGCACGUGGAACUUAAUUCCAUUGUGGCUGCCAUCAUCAAGGUUAUGAAUGACAUGAUUGGGAACAAACUUCCUCGAUCGAAGGCUAUCAAGAAUCCUGACACCGUUCCACCCUUCUACCCUGGACCCCCAAAAGCCUACGCCAAACGCGCUCAGGACAUGAAGCGGUGCCAGCUGAUGAACGUCAUCCACUCCAUCUUCGACUUCAUCCAGCAAUACCAGUGGGGGCCGCAAGACAUCAGAGAUCUACGCGAUGCGCUCGUCAAGGCGGCGUGGCACCCGUUGGCCAGCAGCGUUGGCACGUGGGCCGCCCUAAACUGCUGCUUCCAGGCCCUGGAGGACAAGGCCCGUGCAGCAGCGUACAAAGACCGGAGGAACUUGGAAGACGGGUUGAAACUGGCGCAGCCUUACGUGGGGUGGAGGGCAAUCUGGAAAGAAGUUCCGAAGAAGCACAAGAGGAAGAAGUCUGGGAAGGGAUCAGACGAGGAGGAAGAGGAGGAGCAAGCCGAAGACGAGCAAGAGGACGAGGGGGGUAGCGAGAGCAAGAGGAGGGUUGCCUCGCCAGCGGAGGUAGAAGAAUCUCGCCGGGCGGGGCUCAAGGACGGGCGUCAGCAGGGGGGAGGGUCGCCGAUGCCGCUGCUUCCGGCGCCAAACUUAAGCGGGGGGGGGGGUGAGAACAUCCCAACCUCACCGGAGAGCGUGGCCCUCUCCGGCAGCGUCGGUGCGCGUUCUUCUCUCGCGCCAAGGGGGAACCGUUUGGACGGCCGGCAACGCCGAGGGACUCCCUGGGAGGCUCGCCCGCCUGCGGAAGCCAGCCCACUCUUGAACUCUGUCAUUCCUUGGCUGGAGCCUAUGGAGAUGGGCAACGACGGGGACUGGACUUUCGGCGGCGGCAGCGGGCGCUUCGUUCCGGACCCCAGCAGCAGCAGUCCCCGCGGCACGGAGUCGGAUACGAGCACUUUGAUCCACCUCGGCGGCGGGAGUGGAGUGCGCGGCAGCUCGGGGGGGAUCUCUGACCAGCCCUCCAGUGCAGUGCUUGUCGGACGGUCCGGCGGUUCUUCUCCGCUCCACUUCGGCAGCGAAGACACCCCCUCUGAGUACCGGAAUGGGGCCUCUUGGGGCACGUCCCCGUUGCCAAGUUUCGACAGCAGCACAGAGUGGGAGGAGAUGCUGCCGGAGCUACCCGAGCUAGCGACCGCAGAGGCUGGGAGCAUGCUGGGAGCAAACGGCGCGUCGCACAGCCAGCAGGUGGACUCCCGGGGAUCCCUCUCCCCGGCCCAGGCCGUCUUUACCGGGCACGAGGGAGACUUGUACGAUCCGUUGCCUCCGGCCACCCCCCAGAGCAACACCGCCUUCCACGAGCUGCCGCGUGGGGCUCCUGUGCGCGAGGGCCAUGGGGCGCCUGCUCGUGUCCUCGGGCAGUCCCCUCCGUUCCGGGGAACUGCGCUCCAAUACCAGGGCGGUCUGGACCAGGGGACUCUCCAGCCAGGCGGUUUGUACCCAGGACCAGUCCACCAGGGUGGUGCCGAUCAUGGAGCGGUUCACCAAGUUGGUCCGUACCAGGUGGCUUCGGUCCAAAGGGGUCCGUACCAGACAGCAGUUCACCAGGGCGGUGCCAACCAUGGAGCGGUCCACCCAGGUGGUACGUACCAGGAGGCGGUUCAUCCAGGCGGUGCGUACCAGACGGGGGUUCACCAGGGCGGUGCGUACCAGGAAGCGGGCCACCAAGGAGGUGCGUACCAGGGAGCGGUUCAACACGGCGGUGCGUACCAGGGGGCGGGCCACCAAGGAGGAGGACACCAGGCAGCAGUUUACCAGGGCGGUGCUCAUCGAACAGCGGCCCCCCAAGGUGUUGCGUACCAGGUAACGCUUCCCCAAGGCGGUACGUACCAGGCAGCAGCCCCCCAAGGCGGUCCGUACCACCACGGCGGUGCGAACCAUGCGGCAUUGCACCAAGGGCUCCUCCCCCACGCCCACACUGCGCCGCUGUUGGAACCCACCCCCCAGCUGUAUUACGACCAGUACCCGCUGUCGCGCCCCCAGCCACAACAUCGACAUGCCCGGUCGUUGCCUCCCGCGGAGCCGGGACACAUCCGGGCGCCUCUUUCCCCCGGCCAAGGUCACCGCCAGGCGGAGCCCAUGAUUCAGUACCCCGGGCACAGCAACGUGUUUCCCGGGGGGCAGCCGUGGGAUGAGAGGGGCGGCCCGGGGGCAGCGGUGCCUCCGGAAAGGAUGCAAAGAUUCUCCGUGCCGAACCCUGUGAAGCUUAUGUCCGAUUUUGGCCGUAAGUUCAAAAAGUCCGCCUCUUCACCGCGGGGUGCCGUCGCAGAACGCGGCAUUCCGCAAGGUGGCCCCACUUUCCAGGGUGAGCAGCCCCCCCAACUGCGUCAUUACUACUCAGACCCCCCAAGGUCCGCCCACGUGGAUCCCCGAGCGGUCCAUUACGCCCAGGACCGCCAUCCAGGUCCGUCGCCCACGUACGCCGGCCAGUUCCGGCCCCCCGUUCCGGUCAUGGCAGCCCACACAAAUCCGGCAGACGAAGCGAAGCCUGGCUCCCCCAUGGAACCGUUCCCCAGAGCCAGAGGGAUCCCUCCGGGAAGAGAACGGGGCGCGGGCGCGGCUGCAAGUGCGGAGAGCUUGGUGCGCGACAUGCAGGCACUCAGCCUUCGGCCGGAGCCUGUUCACACCCUGCCACACGGGACGGCGGGGGCUGGUGUGAAGCCGGGAGUGCGCGCAGCGCCGAUUGCGUCGGACGACGGAAAGGCGCACCGGGUGACGGCGCCAGUCCAGACCGACGCUGGCGGUCUGGCAGGCGCAAAGGCGCCCGCCAAAGCGGACGCUGUUGGGGCUGCGGACAGAUCGGACGGUCCAGAGAGCGUCGCCAGCGCUUUGGCCGGUGCGGACGCUGCGGACGGCGCCACGGAGACGGAGGAAUCGGACGGUGAGUACGAGUCCGACGAAUCUUCGGACGGCGCUGAGAGCGACGAGGAGUCGGACGACGGUGACGUCACCACGGACGCUUCGGGCGACCAGUCGGACGGUGCGGACGUGGCGGAGCGGACGGUGCCCGGCCCUGUCGUCACAGAGACGUCUCCUACCGUGCUGGCGGCUCCGGACGUUGCCAACGGUCCGAAUGCCCACUCGUACGCGCACGGAGAGCGGCCCGCCGGCGUUUAUCGCAACGCGCCUGAAGCCGCGCAUUGCUGUGGGGCACAUCAUGUGGUGACCGGUGCUACACCCGCUGCCAGGAACAUCAGCAACUCGGACAACCCCGCCGUCGCGGAAGGCUUCCAGCAGUGCCACGUGGCCAACCCCCACCCGGGGAACGGAAAAUGUUCCGGGGACCGCGGCGCAAAGCUGCCGCCCGGUCGAGCUUACAGGCCCCCGAUGGGCGUAUCGAUCGGAACCGGCGAUUUGGGAGGUUUGUCAGCAAUUGCGGCAGCAGGCCUUCCGGCGGGCGGCUCCGGUAACGGAACGACGGCGAACGGAUGCGGACCAUGGGUAGGCGUCCCGGGCCCGCACUCCGGGCAGCGGGGGUCCGCUUCAGGAGGGGCGUCGAAGAGAGUCUGCGACGAGAAUCUGAGCGAGCGCGCGCGCGCGCAGGGGAGCGCGUAUGAGGACGGACGCACGGAGAGUCCGGCGAGCGUGCUCUUCCAGCCAGGGGUCAUGCAAACAAUAAAAUUUGACUCUUGAAUUGAGGUGAUUGGUCCUCGGGGGAAGAAGAGGGGUGAUUGAGGGUGAUUUAUUGGUGUCAUAAAGUACGGAGCCAUUUGAAACUGACGGGAGCGGUGCAUAGCGGGGACCGUUGCUGCAACAGGGAGGGGUUGAGAGGAGCGGUUCAUUGAGUUGUCUUGCGACGUUGACUUGAGUGAGUGAAUAGGGUCAGGGCACUCGUCGACCAGAUGAUGGGACGCUUGUCGAGCAAUGACGUCAUUGCGGCCCACUUUCGAGCUCGUAGGUCCGAAAUAUAGAAGGUUGAUACAUGGUUGCAGCAAUGCAAUCUCGUUCAAUAACGGUCAGCUUUUGGGUUGCUUAACAUAGGUGCCAUCAAAACCGUCUCGUGUAGAUUAUGUCAGUUGUUAGUUUCCGUGUAUGGUUUGCCAAAAAGGAUGAUUGGUUCGGUUCGGAAUGAACAAGGCCUUUCAAUGCACCUAGGGUACCCCUGCAAGGUGUAAGUUGGCAGCUGGUCAGCGUCUAGCUAGGACCCACAUGUACGCCUAGGGACCGUACAGUGAAAAAAAACGCGGAUUGACAUUUAGUAUAUCAAAAGCAUAAUGAGGCUUCAGCGGUGAGGUACUAGAAUCAUGGGGCAUCCGAGCCUAGGGACAUCAGAUAGUCUAGAGUGUGGGUUGAAAGAACUCGUCCAGCGUGAGCCUUUGCAGAAGAAUAAGUUAGACAGCUUGCCGACAAGAGUGGAGGCGGUCGUAUGUAUUUGAGUACUGCUGUCAUGAUCUAGUGCCGGACAUGAGUGGUACGGUCGUUCUAUUCAAUUUCAGGCCGCCCUGCA